AGUACUCUUUGCAACAUGUUGAAACUUUUUGGCGGUAGCUCCGCCCAUCCCUUAUAAAGCCCCUGCCUUCCCGCUCUUUCCCCAGUUCCUUUUUUCCGCCGCGUUAGCUGCUUAGGGAACUUCGCUGUUGGAAAUCUCAGUUUGGAAUCACGUUUGACCUCGGACCGUUAUCUGACCACUCUUUGCUUGACCGUUUUUGAUCAUUUCGCUUGGACUCUGGACUGUGUUUCUGCUCGCUCCUUCUGAUUUGGCAAUCUUCCCGGACCGGCAUUGACCUCGGACUGUCUGACUGUGUUUCUGCCCGCUCCUUCUGAUUUGGUAAUCCUCCCGGACCGGCAUUGACCUCGGACUGUCUGACUACGAGUUGUGAGUGGACCAUGCCAUCAGUUCCCUUUAAGAAAUGUUCUGUUUGCGGGGGUAAGAUUCCCGGCCAAGACCCCCACUCGGCUUGCCUUCUUUGUCUGGGCGAGACGCAUGUUCCUGCAUCCUGUGCCUUGUGCAAAUCCUUAACCCCUCAGGCCAGGAAAAAUAGGGAAACUAGAUUGAAGGCCGCCAUUUAUUCCAAGGUUUUCACCGCGGGCGCUAUGUCUUCCCUACCGGCUCCCUCCACGGCCGCAAACCCGUUACCAACUGUGCCUGAGACUCCGGCCCAACUUACUCCCGCCGAGCCUGAUAGAGCUGGAAAUGUUGCUCCCACCUCGUCAUCCGCUCCUCGAGCUUCUCUGGAUGCCCCGGUCACCGAGGUCCCACUGGAAGGCGCACCUCGAUCCUCUAAGAAGGAUAAACAGGAGAAGCGCAAAAAGAGCUCAAAGGAGGGCCGCGCUUCGGACAAGGAUUCGAGCUCCCAUAAGGGUUCUGCCUCGAAAUCCUCAGCCUCUCAGGCCACCACCACCAAGGCCUUAAAGUCUCCAGACCCGGCCAAGGCCCAGGCCACCGUGCCACUGGCGCCUUCGGCUUCAAAGAGGUCCCGUGCGAGGUCCCCGGACGGAGGACACUCGGCCGCCAAGCGCCACCGUUCUGAAAAACGGGAUACAGACGGGUCCAGACAUAAGGAGACUCCCCGAGAGCCAUCGGAUGCCGAUCGGAGGCCUUCAGAUCCUCGCUCCGCGGCUAGAGCCUCCCAGACAGCCGGGGCCGUCGACACUCAUCCCGGGCGCCAAAACACUCCUCCAUCUGGAUCUCGGCCCCUCUCGACGUUCCGUCAUGCUCCGGAGGACAUUAUUGUAGACCUUUCUGAGCCGGCGUCACCUGCCAGCCCGAGAGAGGACAGGCGAUCCCCCACCCCGAUGCCCGAGUCGAUGGUCCACCGGGCCUUAGUACACCGUGCCGCUUCGCCAUCUCCUCCGCGCCCCUCCGAGGUCGACUAUUUCUACGAUGAGGUGACGGACACCUACUACAUGGCUGUUCCUCGCGACUCCAUCAAGUCCCACUCCAGGCCACCUGCUGAGAGACCUAGACCACGUGCAUCCUCUAGGCCAUCCCGCGCGCCUAGCCGCGUUUCGGUAGCCACUGAUCUGGAGGUCGUUGAUCUGGAGUCAAGACAGGAGACAUCCUCUCAGGCUCACUACCGCCCUGCAGACGACUCGGAUGCCUCUUCUGAAGACAACUAUCGGCCUUCCAAUCAGGAGUUCGCCCAACCGGGUGCAGUGUCCCCCUCGGACGACGUACGCACAUUUGCCGAACAUGUGAUCAAGAUGGGCAACGCUCUCGAUAUCCAGUUCGCCCAGACAGAAGACGAGGCCUCUGAUCCCAUUGAGAGGAGGAUUCAUGGCAAGCUCCCCACUCCACCUGCCAUCCCUCUGCUCCCUUCAUUGGAGAAGCUAGCCAGACGCUCAUGGGCAGCCCCAGCAUCGACAGCUGCUAGUAACAGGAAGAUUGAAUCCCUGUACAGAGUGGCUCCGCGCCCAACAUGGCUACUUGAACAUCCGCGCCAGAACUCGGCCAUCGUGGAGGGCUCCCAGCGCGCCUCCACUCCUAAAGCUUCCUUGAUGCCGUCGGACAGAGAGGCUAAGAAAAUCGACGCCCUCGCAAAAAAGGCCUACUUCUCUUCGGCCCUGGGGAUGAGAGUAGCCAAUUACAACGCAUGUAUGGGCGCAUACAUACAAUGGCUCAUGGAGAAGAUCUCCCCUCUCAUUCCUGACCUUCCCGACGACUCCCAAGGCAUCCUCUCAGAGGUCCGAGACGAGGCUCAUUCAAUUGGCAGCUGGAUCAUCACAUCGGCAAGACAUUCCACUGACUGUGCCGCGAAAUCCAUGUCAGCAGCCAUCGCCUUGCGGAGACAUGCAUGGUUGAGGUCCUCCGACCUAAACCAAAAUGCUCGCUCCACAAUCGAGGACAUGUCCUUCGAUGAAGAUGGCCUCUUCCACCGCGAAACGGACGAGAAGUUGAACUUCAAGUAUAGGAUGAGGACUGCGGCCAAGAAACACGGGCCUGUGGUUUGCGACGAUCGACCUAAAGGACGCCUACUUCCACGUCAGCAUCCGCGAGAGCCACCGCAGGUUCUUGGCCUUUGCCGUCGGGACCAACGCCUACAAGUACAACGUCCUUCCCUUCGGGCUGUCCACAGCCCCUCGAGUUUUCACCAAGUGCAUGGCACCUGUAGUAUCCCAUCUACAUCGCCGGGGCAUCAGAGUCUUCCCGUACCUGGACGACUGGUUGCUGGUGGCGCCAUCGGACCAAGAGCUCAGCCGUCACAUUGCCGAAACCUUAGAGCUCCUGCAAAGUCUGGGACUGGUCGUGAACCUCGAGAAGUCUCAACUACUGCCCUCCAGAAUCAUAAGGUUCGUCGGCUCGACCCUCGAUUCAAACACUUGUGUCGCAUCCUUGCCCUCCGACCGUUUUCUAACUCUCACCCGAGCCAUCGGAAGAUGUGUCGGCCGAAGAAGAAUAGUUGCCAGGGACGUCCAGGUAGCCCUAGGACAUAUGGCGUCAACCACAUUCGUAACACCGUGGGCAAGCCUCCGGUCCCGACCUCUCCAGUCCUGGUUUCUUUCUGUCUUCGACCCAGAGACGGACCACCCGUCACGUCACCUCACGAUCCCGAGACCAGUCGCUCGCUCCCUCCGCUGGUGGCUCGACUCCCGGAACGUUUGCGCCGGCAUGCCUUUUUCUCAACCCCAGCCCGAGGUUGUGCUGACCACCGACGCAUCAGAGGACGGAUGGGGAGCCCACACCACGGACUUGUGGGCCAAGGGACAGUGGUCCCAGGACGAAAAGAGGCUUCACAUCAAUGCCCUGGAGCUACUGGCGGUACAGAAGGCUCUAAGGGUCUUCGAAUCCUCUCUAUCCGACAAGGUGGUUCAGCUCAGGACAGACAACACCACCGUCAUGUAUUACCUGAACAAACAGGGAGGAACCAGAUCUCGUACACUACUCAACAUCACACUCGAGGUCUGGGAUUGGUGCAUAGACCGGAACAUCCUACUCCAAGCAGUGCACCUGCCGGGUGUCCAGAACGACCUGGCGGACCUUCUCAGCAGGUCUCCGUCCCAAUGCCACGAGUGGAGACUCCACCCCGAUACGGUGCUCGACCUCUUCAGUCGGUGGGGAACCCCACAAAUAGACUUGUUCGCGACUGUCCACAACACCCAUUGUCCCCAGUUCUGCUCCCGAACGCCGAACGAACAAUCCCUCGGGGACGCGUUCGGGUUCCUCUGGUCGGGGGUUAUGCUGUACGCGUUUCCCCCCUUUCCACUGAUCACCAGGACAGUCUCCAAAAUGACAUCGGAUGCCUCGGAUGCCAUCCUGAUCACUCCGUGGUGGCCGGGACAGCCUUGGUUCCCCUGUCUCCUCCACCUAUCCCAGACCAACUUCCUCCGGAUCGAACACAGACCGGAUCUCCUCACGGUUCAAGAGGGUCGGGUUCGACACCCGGACAUCGACACCCUGCCCCUGGUAGCGUGGAGGAUCCAUCCCUAGCACGGCUACCGUCUCCCGUGCGCAGAGUCAUUCUCGCCGCCCACAAGCCAGCUACUCAGAAGUCCUAUGCUUCGAAAUGGAACAGGUUCACCAGGUUCCUAGCAAGCAGGCAACUGUCUCCAACUCAAGUCACGACACCGGUGGUCCUGGACUUUUUGAUGUCUUUGAUUGACUCAGGCCUUUCUCUCACCUCCGUCAAGUGUUACUUGUCGGCCAUUUGUUCUUCCUUUCAGUUUAAUGGCAAGCCUUCCUUUUUCAAGGACCCCUUGGUAAAGAGCUUUCUAAAGGGAUGCAGCAACCUCCAUCCGCAGCCAUCUCUACCACCCCCGGCCUGGAGCCUUGAUGCGGUGCUAAGAUCACUACAGUCCAAACCGUUCGAGCCCUUGGCCACCACGGACAUCAGACUGCUAACUUGGAAAACAGUUUUUCUGGUGGCCAUCACCUCUGCCCGCCGUGCGGGCGAGCUCUGUGCCUUGCGUCGAGACCAACCAUACCUCAAUUUCCACCUGGACAAGGUAGUUCUUAGAACAGACAUUACCUUUUUGCCUAAGGUUGUUUCUAUGUUUCACAUGUGCCAAGACAUUGUCCUCCCGACGCUGGCCCCGAACCCAACCACCGAUGCCGAGCGAGCUCUGCACACCUUGGACGUUCGUAGGGCCCUGGCUUUCUACCUCGACAGGACUAGAGACUCUAGCCGCUCCGAAAGACUGUUCCAGUGCUAUUCGGAGUCCAAAAAAGGACUGCCUGUGUCGGCUCAGAGACUCUCCAAGUGGGUUUCUAACACUAUUUGUUUAUCUUAUGAACUGUUGGGUAAACCCUUGCCAGCUAGGGCUCGGUCUCACACUACAAGGGCAGUUGCGGCAUCUUCUGCCUUUCUGUCAGGUGUGCCCUUGGAUGACAUCUGCAAGGCUGCAGUGUGGUCACAACCUAUGACUUUCAUCAAGCAUUACAGGUUGGACACCAGGGCCAGGGGAGAUGCAGCCUUUGGGAGGGCUGUCCUGUUGUCUGGUUUGCACUGACUACGCUCUGGAGGGCACAUGUCGUUUUUCCUUUUGCAUUAUUUGCAAAUAAGAUGUUUUUCAGAUUCCUGGGUUCAUGAUACUAUUGGGUUGAGUUCAUGAGAUUGUUGGUUGUUUAUCUUAACCAAUAUGGUGAUAAUAAUAACAACACCAAUUAGACCACUGCUUUGUGUCUUUCUUGCUUUAUUGGUAUCAACAAUAGUGUUGGAGACAAGGUUAAUAUGACACUCCCUCCUCCACUGACCUUAGCUCGCCAGUCUCAACCCAUUUGUAUGAUUCGCAGAGACCACGAAGAAGAAGGACAGGUUGCUUACCUGUAACAGUAUUUCUUCGAGUGGUCAUCUGCGAAUACAUACAAAUCCCGCCCAUCCUCCCCUCAGUGUCCUGCUCUUUAUUGGCUCAUUCUUAUCGCCUACUUGGCGGAAAAAUUGCGGAACUGGGGAAAGAGCGGGAAGGCAGGGGCUUUAUAAGGGAUGGGCGGAGCUACC